CUUUCAAUAAUCCCCAUUUUGGAUUCGCUCUCUCUCUCUCUCACUUGCAUUUCAGAGAUGAUCUAUGAAGAGAGGAACAACAGAACGCAGGGGGUAGCUAGUCGAAGAAAAGAACCUCAUCUUUCGGGUAAAAGGGUUUUUUGAUUCCUUGGAAUCCAUCAGUCUUACCCCUUCCUUUUUCCCCCCUCUUUUCAUUCUUUGCUUAAAUCCCACUCUCUGGAGAAAUUUGGAGUGAGUGGGGAAACUAUUGAAGAGGGGAAUCCUGAAAUUUCUCUGAGAUCUUGAUUGAUUCUGGAUUUAGACAAUUGGGUUCUUCUUCAGCUCCGUCGCUUUUCUGUUUUGUAAAUGGAUUCGGAUAGUAUCGAGUGUGUCUCGUCGUCCGAUGGUCUCGAUGAGGAUGACAUCCAUUUGCACCACACUCUUCAUCCUUAUUCCCACUCUCAUCAUCACCCCGAGUUGUCAGCAUCGAAGCCUCGUAAUGGUAACAACAACAGCGCUGUGAACGCUCCCACUGCCACUGCGCCGUCGACUAGCGUCCAUGAAUUGCUCGAAUGCCCUGUCUGCACUAAUUCUAUGUACCCUCCCAUCCAUCAGUGCCACAAUGGACAUACCUUGUGUUAUACUUGUAAAACACGGGUUCAUAAUCGCUGCCCUACUUGUAGACAAGAGCUUGGAGAUAUUAGGUGCUUAGCACUGGAGAAGGUGGCAGAGUCGCUUGAAUUGCCUUGCAAGUAUUAUUCCCUGGGAUGCCCUGAGAUAUUUCCGUACUAUAGUAAACUUAAGCAUGAGGCUUUAUGCAACUUCAGACCCUAUAGUUGCCCGUAUGCUGGUUCGGAAUGCUCUGCUGUUGGGGAUAUUCCCUUUCUUGUCGCCCAUCUGAGGGACGAUCACAAGGUGGACAUGCACACUGGAUGCACAUUUAACCAUCGCUAUGUGAAAUCCAAUCCAAGGGAAGUGGAGAAUGCCACUUGGAUGCUUACUGUUUUUCAUUGUUUCGGUCAAUGUUUCUGCCUUCACUUUGAAGCCUUUCAGCUUGGCAUGGCCCCAGUCUACAUGGCUUUCCUUCGAUUCAUGGGAGAUGAGAAUGAGGCACGAACCUACAGCUACAGUCUCGAAGUUGGUGGAUAUGGGCGAAAACUGAUAUGGGAGGGUACACCACGAAGUAUUCGAGAUAGUCAUCAAAAAGUCAGGGACAGCCACGAUGGAUUAAUUAUUCAAAGAAAUAUGGCUCUUUUCUUCUCAGGCGGGGAUAGAAAGGAACUGAAGCUAAGAGUUACAGGUAGGAUAUGGAAGGAACAAAACCCAGAUGCUGGAGCCUGCAUACCGAACCUUUGUAGCUAAAAGUGAAAUGCUGCACAAUGCCUGCCUCUUCGGGUGUGUGGACACUGCUUCGCUUUGUACCUAUUCUUACCUUUCCUCAUAUAUUGUAACGGGUGAUUUUUUAAUUGUAAAGUACCGAUGAUGCUGAUAAUUCUUGAUCUUUCAAUGAGAGAUGUUUGCUAAAGUUGUAACAUUCACUAA